AUGGGGAUGAGUACAGUGUUCUCCGACCAUGACUUUCAGGACAAUGGAAGUCUAGUCGAUGUUGAAGAUCAAUUUAUUGGUAGCCCUGCCUUUGAUGCUGCUCUUUCCAAAUCCCAAACAUCACAGCCGCAUUUCGAACCUCUCUUAUCAUUGAACGUGUUGAUCGAAGCUAACCGUAAAAAUCGAAUAGACUAUAGCCCUACCGAGGGGCAAACGUGUGAGCAAGGGGACAGGGGUACUUUUGAGGCCUACGAACACGGCACCGGCGCGGCCCUUACCGGUGUCCCAGCUCUAAACUACGUUAUAGGACUGAUACCUGGUCUUGCUUCCGGCGAUCUCCCGUGUCACGAUACUGAACCGGCGCACCAGCGUACACGAAAGAAACCAAAACCCCAAAGACCCCAGAAAAUUUACUACUGCGAGGACCCGGGGUGCCGAUCAGAAUUCCUCAGCAAAAAGGCAUUUGGUGACCAUAUGUCAAAGGUGCACAACAGAAAGGCUUUUUCUUGUGAUCGUUGUCCCGCAAGGUAUUCUAGAGCCGACCCUUUAAAGAAGCACGUCUGCAAGCAAACUUCGAUUUUACAAGGCUCUAAACACUCCUUGCCGUUUUCAUCUACACCUUCGGCUUCAACCUCAUCAGUCUCUUUGCCCCCUCCACCGGCAAAGAGGAUCAAGGGGCCACGAGUCAGCAUCAACGAUUUACCAACAUCAUCCAAAACUCAACCUCCUCGAGCUGCAAAACACAUCCAGUCAUCUACAUCUGCACAAGAGCAUCCGGCUAUGGCGCCUUAUAGGAGGUCCCCUCGCCGCGAUGGCCCAGCACCACGGCAGGCAGCUCCGAGGAAUGAGCAGACCCCGUCAGGUGUUCAUGAUUGGGAGGGUCCGUUUCAAGAAAGGAUCGCGCAAUUGCAAAGGGAAAUUGAACAACACCAAAGGGAAAUUGAGCAACAGAGUCAAGAAAACGAUGCAUUGAAGGAGCAAAAGCGCCAGGAGGAGAAGAAGAGACGCGAGGCUGAGAAGAAGUGCCGGAAGAUGGAAGAUAUAGUUUUUCAAUUAGAGAGAGAAAUUGCUAGGUCAAAUCCCCAGAGACAUGGAAGACACAUGCCGUAA